CCCACACCUGAGAUCCCCUACCUGAGCUCUUCCAGCAGUUCCUGCAGCAGCACCAACGGGCAGCAAAAGACGGUAGAGGAGGACAGCCUAGAGAAACUGAGGAGUAUUGUGAGUGUGGGAGAUCCUAUGAAGAAGUACGUUGAAUGGGAAAUGAUUGCCAGUGGGGCUUUCGGAACGGUCUAUGCAGCGACCGACACUGCCACAGGAGGAGAGGUGGCCAUAAAGCAAGUGUGUCUCCAAAAACAGCUCAAAAAGGAACGACUUGUCGAUGAGCUCAUUGUCAUGAGGGACAACAAGCAUCCAAAUAUUGUUAACUAUUUAGACAGCUACCUGUUUGGAGAUAAACUGUGGAUAGUGAUGGAAUACCUAGACGGAGGCUCCUUAAGCGAUGUUGUUAAGGAAAUAAGCAUGAGUGAAGGAAUGAUGGCAGCUGUCUCUCGAGAGUGCCUGCAAGCACUGGCCUUCCUCCAUUGCCACCAAGUGAUCCACAGGGAUCUCAAAGGCGAUAACAUUCUUCUUGGAAUGGAUGGAUCCGUCAAGUUGGCUGAUUUUGGUCUCGCUGCUCGCAUCACACCUGAGCAGAGCAAACGAAGCUCAGUCGUCGGCACAGUUCACUGGAUGGCCCCCGAAUAUCUAACUAAAGAAGAAUACGGACCCAAAGUGGAUAUUUGGGCACUGGGCAUCACAGUGAUAGAAAUGCUGGAAGGAGAACCUCCUUAUUUUUGGGAGCUUCCUCACAGGGCCCUGCAGCUCAUCAUUUCAAAGGGGAUACCGGAGCUGCAAACCCGCGAGAAACUGUCCCCUGCAUUGCAGGACUUUCUGAACCGCUGCUUGCAGGUAGACGAGGACAGUCGAUGGUCUGCUGAGAAACUUCUGCAGCAUCCAUUUUUACUCUCAGCCUUGCCCCUCUCCGGCCUGACGACUGUGAUCAAUGCAGCAAACCAGCUGAGGGAGGCCAGCAGACAGAGGAAGGGUUUUGGCAUGCCUUCCUCCAGUUCCAUCGAUGGGUGGAACUCAGAACAAAACUGAAGGAGCCUCAUCCCCGGUGUAUACCCUGGGGGAGUUCCACAGAGGAGGGGGCGCUUAGGAGUCGAUUAGGGCACAGGGCAUCACCACCAGCAGGUGGUGAGCAACUGCAUUGUACAUUGCUUGUUUUGCUUGGGUUUCAUCCCUUUCUCCGUUUUACUACUGUUACAAUUAGGAUUUGCAUUAGUAUUACUAUUAGUGUUUGUAUUAGUAUUAGUGUUAGGAUUACUAUUCGUAUUCA